CAAAUUGAAGCAAAAGAAAAACUCACCAAGGAAGUAAAGAGCACCACUACCACACACAUAUAUAUUACAUUAUACAUAUUUUCAUAACUUUCUCUUCUAGCGUUUUCGAUUUCCGUGUCCAGCAAGCAUCCAUUGAUCGGAGGUUUCUUAACCCACGGGCAAUUGAUAUCCGUCAGUUAACUGUGUCUCACUUCCUUCACCUACAAUCUUGAUUCUAAUGGCUUGUUUUUAAGCUAUUUUAUCCUCUUUUCAAUCCGAACAACAGACACCCAGAAGUUCGAUUUUUGUUAUAGAUCGAAAAAAAUCAGAUAUGGGUCAUGAACUGAUCGGCGUAGCACCGCCGUCAGCGGCUGCGGCAACCCCAGCUCCACCACCGCCGACGUCUCUUGCACCUGGAUUUCGGUUUCAUCCCACAGAUGAAGAGCUUGUGAUGUACUAUUUAAGGCGAAAGGCGUGUGGCAAGCCGUUCCGGUUUCAGGCGGUGUCGGAAAUCGACGUCUACAAAUCUGAGCCAUGGGAACUUGCCGACUUUUCACCAUUGAAGACAAGAGACCUAGAAUGGUACUUCUUUAGCCCUGUAGAUAGAAAGUAUGGGAACGGGUCACGGUUGAACCGUGCAACCGGAAAAGGUUACUGGAAAGCAACCGGAAAAGAUCGAUCCGUCCGCCAUAAAUCAGAGACAAUCGGGAUGAAGAAAACACUCGUGUUCCAUAGUGGGCGGGCCCCAGAUGGGAAGAGAACCAAUUGGGUCAUGCAUGAAUACCGGCUUUUGGAUCAAGAAUUGUUGCGUGCAGGAGUAGCACAGGAUUCGUUUGUGUUAUGCAGGAUUUUUCAAAAGAGUGGGUUGGGCCCACCGAAUGGGGACCGUUAUGCACCGUUUCUUGAGGAAGAAUGGACCGAUGAUGCCGCCCUCAUGGUUCCCGGUGGUGAAGCCGAUGAUGAUUUGGCCAAUGGUGAUGAGACACGUGUCCAUGGAAAUGACAUUGUGCAGGAAGAUUCUACCAAAAAGAUUGUUGAUGAAAUCGAGGAACCUCAAACAAUUCCAUUUGUUUGCAAAAGGGAAAGAUCUGAAGAUUGUCCUUUGGAUUGUGAACCUGAACUUGAAACAUUCUCUUUGUUCCACAACAAGAGAUCAAAGCCAUGUGAUCCAAACUCAAGCAAUGCAAAUGGUUCAGAAGAUUCAACCACAACAAGUCAAGAUCCAAGAAGAGCUCUCUUGGAGUUCCCUCUGCUCGAGUCGAUUGAAGCCAAACAAUGUCACCAUCCAACAACUCUGCCAUCUUUUGACGCUUCUACCCUCGAGAAAUCUGUGCCUCCGGGGUAUCUAAAGUUCAUAAACAACUUGGAGAAUGAGAUUCUUAAUGUUUCAAUGGAGAAAGAGACUUUGAAGAUUGAAGUGAUGCGAGCCCAAGCCAUGAUCAACAUUCUUCAGUCACGAAUUGAGGUUUUGAGCAAGGAGAAUGAUGGGUUCAGGACUAGUGGCUAGGUGUAUCUUUUUCAUUUCUUGUAAACAUGUAGCAUUUUCGUGGUUUUGUAACUUGUUAUCUUGAAGAACUGUUGGCAUGGCUAUUGAUAAUGGCUUGUGUCUGUGAGUCUAAGUCUAAUAAAGUUCUGUGUUGAG